CUAGUGAGACAGUCAGUGAUGGAGCCUUCCGCAGGGGACAAAACGCCGCGGACUCUGAGGUGAUUCUCUCUCUCUCUCUCUUUUCUCUUUCUUUUUGGUUUUCUGGGAAGUUUGUCAACACUGAGGAAGAUGAUGUUAAUGGCUAUCCUGUAGUGGGGAAGAAAAACUACGAACGGAGUCUAAAUAAAACACACCCUCACCCGCCGCGUGGAUCCAAACUUCACUCGAUUUUCACAGAUUCUCCUGGUGCAACAGUGUGCAGCUAACUGGGACCUGGUGUGUGUCAGGAGGCUAUGGUGAGGCGAUGUGCACAGGCUGGUGUGAGGAGAGAUGUACCAGCAGCAUCAGUGGAGGAAGAGGUAAAGGACUGGAUCUUCACUCAUGGCUGCUUAUGUCACUCUUGUUCUUGGCUCUAUGGGGCCAAGUGUUCCCACAGUGCCCAGACAGCUGCCACUGUGCCUGGGACACUGCCACAGUGUUGUGUUCAGAUGCUGGUCUGCGGGAGAUCCCGGAGGGGAUCCCACCAGAAACUGUCUCCCUCCACCUGGAACGCAAUUACAUACGAAACAUCCCAGAGAGUGCCUUCAGUAACCUGGUCCACCUGCGGGACCUAUACCUGUCUCACAACCGGAUCGACUCACUUGCCUCAGGGGCCCUGCGACAUUUGGGCUCCGAGCUGCGCCUGCUGGACCUCUCACAUAACCAGUUGAGGCAGGCCAGCAAGGACGAGUUUGGUUCUACUCGUGCAAAGACACGCCUUUACCACAAUCCCUGGCACUGUGACUGCACCCUCCAGGAGCUGAUGGAGACUCUGAACCUUGAGCCUGAGACAGUGAAUGGGAUAAUAUGUGAGAGCUCUGUGCGUGGGGUGGGUGAGGGGAGCAGGUGGGAGGACCCAGGGUCACUGGGUGAGCAUGCAGGCCAACCACUGGUUAAACUGUUGGACUCUGGGGUGAAUUUCUGCAGCCUGCAGAGGAAGACCACAGAUGUAGCCAUGCUGGUGACCAUGUUUGUGUGGUUCUUUAUGGUCAUUGUAUAUGUAGUGUACUAUGUGAGGCAGAACCAAGCUGAGGCUCGCAGACAUUUGGAGUACCUGAAGAGUUUACCCAGUCCACGCAAGACCCCUACUGAGACAGAUACUCUAAGCACUGGCUUCUAAACAAACUGGUUUCUAAACUCAGCUGAAAUGCAAAUUAAAUAAUCAAAUGCCAUUUCUAUCAAGCUUGACUUUGAAAUUCUGUGUAGCUUAUACUGAAAACCAACUAUGGAAGAUGCACAUCUCCUGAUGUAUUUAUUUAUCUUUGCUUUCCUAGCAUAUUUUUUGUCAUUCAAUGAAAAAUAAAUACAGUACCAGUCAAAAGUUUGGACACACUUAACCAUUCGUUACAUUAAGUGUGUCCAAACCUUUGACUGGUACUGUACUUGUUUAGUCAUCUCACCAUCUAUACUGAGAGAAAAUCCAAAAAACUAAAAUUGCAAAGUAAAACUGUAAAAUCUAAGUCAUUCUUUCAGGAACACAACCUUCUGUCUUACUUGCAGACCCUCUUUUGUUCUCCCACCACGCUUCAUACUGUGUUCAUUAAGCUCUAAUUAGGAGUCGUUGACCAACUGACCCCUAAUGAACAACUGAAAGGCGCUAAUCAGCCGGAGUGUAUUUAUCAGGUCAAGGAGAGUGUGCAAACUCUAAUGUGUGUCCUCUUCUAAAUGCUUGUCUAAUUUGUGUGUGUAUGUGUGCACAUGAGUCAUUUUUGUGUAUUGUUACGGCAAUUUUUACUUUGAUAUUACUGAUCUUGCACAGAUACUAUUUAAUCCCUUUUCAAUAUAUGGGCACAGAGCCAAUGUUUCUGUGCCAGUGGAAAGCUGCUGAUCUCAAUUUUCUCUAUGGAAGCGAGAGUUGGAGUUAGAGUUGGAGGUGAACUAUUCUGUCUCCGGCCUGCUCCAUAAUACUGAAAUACUUUAGUAUACAUAACAAGCAUUGAUAGGUACAGAGAGAAUUCAACUAAAUUUAGAAAAAGAUUCUUAAUAUUUCUAUUUAUGCAGAGAGAAGCUGGUGGAAAACCUUGGGUCCUGAUUUUUUGGAACUCAAUUUUUUUCACAUAAGCUUUUCAUAAUUGAUUUUUUUAAAUGGAGUGUAAAAAUAAGCCAAACACUUUGAUAAUAAAUGGAAUAAGUGUCCUGGUUAGAACAUGAUCACUUGUAAUAUUACAACUAAUGCUAUUCCUGCAGGUGCACUGCAGGUGCACUAAAUAUCCAGCAGAGCUUUUUGCACAUGUACGGAACAAACCCUGCCAGGAUUAACAAUCAUAUUUCACCCAGUUUCACAUGAUUUAAUUGAAUUCACAUUUACUGUAGUAAUCUGUUAGCAUUCUGUGAGGGGAGGGUGUACAAUGUCAUUAAAUAAAUCUGGAUUUGUCAUUUUUCACAGAGACAUAAAAGGCCCCAUUUUUGACAUCUUUAACAUGUCUCCACAGUGGAUUAAUGGGGAAGAAUAAGCCAAACAUUUAUAGAAUUAUUGUUAUUUAUAAUUUUUUUUCUGACUGUUAUUUACUGGCUAUUUUAUCUGUGACUCUCAUUGUAUUCAAACACACAAAAAAAGAAGAAAAAAAAAAACACUUUUGGUUUUGGAAACAAGGGCAAUGCAACCAAGUCAGCAGCAACUGCUUUUUUAAUGGGUCACAAAUGAAAAAAUUGGGAGCCACUAGAUUAACAUGUUUCUAUCAAUGUGAGCAGUGCUGCUCUAAGCAUAACAAAGUCAAGUUCUUCUUCAGAUCAAUUAAACAUUUUUUUUUAUAUAAUACCCUGUGGACCAAAUACCUGUCGUGACAUUCCUUGGCUAAAACUAAGUGGGUCGUGGUAAACUAAUACCUGCUAAACAUCAGCAUGUUAGCACUGUCAUUGUGAGGAUGUUAGUAUGUUGAUGUUAGGACUUAUCUCAGAGCACUGUGCUGAGGGGCCAUACAGUGUCACAAAGGUACUAGCAUGGCUUUGUUUUUCAUGUGUCUUCAUUAUGUAAUUGAUUAAAGUGUACAAGCAUCUAUGUCGUCGUUAUAUACAAUAUUACAAAUUUUAUCUAAAAAGCGGGUUGGUAAAGUGGGAAGAGCUGAGACAGAAGCUAGCAUAGGUCAGCUUUUACUGUACUGUAUUAAUAAGUGUGGUUUGUGUGCUUUAAACUCUACAAAGAGAGAGAGGGAUUGGUUCAAGUCUGCGUUGUUCCCAUGCUGCCAGAACUAGAGUCAGUUAAACUUUGUGUAGACUGAUACUGAUAUUGUUAUGAUCUUGGUGUGAAACUGGUUGUAUUGGUAAACCACAGGCUAGAAGAAGAUGAGAAUAAAAAGUUGGAUACUUGUUAUGUGACUUUAAAAGCAAAACUGUUUGUGAAUAAACUGUAGUAUGUGUAACCUGAUAUGCUCUGAAAAUUUCUUGAAUGUUAGUUGUUUGUCAUAAAUCAUACAUCUAGUGAUGAUGUAUUUCCAUCCCAGUGAUUAGUUUUCUUGUCUGUUUGUUCACCGAAAAAUAUUCAAACAAGGGAAAGCAUUACAUUAAAUAAUAAAUGAGCUAUGAAAAGCGAUUUCGGGGGGGAAAAACAGAAAAUUUAUAUACAAAUAAAAGAAACAUUGCUCUAAUUUUUUCAUAGAAAUGCUUCUAGGUUUUAUUGCUACUGAAGGUUGAAAAAAAAAAAAAAAGCAAUUAGAAGUACAGAAAGACAAGCCACAGUAGAAGCUGAUCAUGGUUGGCAGUGUUUCCCAUUUCUACUUUACCAUGCAUUAAAAGUGAGGAAAAUGAAUGGAAAACCAUUACACGUAAGUACAGGUUAUGAUUUUUUUUUAAUCAUCAUCAGUCAACGCAAAGUUAAUAGACAUCGUUUCCAUCCCUGCCUUUUC